UACAGUAAAUCCGCCUCCUUUGCUGCAGUGAGCAUGGCGGGGCUGGGGAGCGGCCUGCGCCUCCUGCCUUUCCUCGCCCUGCUGAGGCCGAGCAGCGGAGACGGAAGCGGCGGCUGGGACCCGGCGGGGUACCUCCUGUAUUGCCCCUGCAUGGGGAGAUUUGGGAACCAGGCGGACCAUUUUUUGGGCUCCUUGGCAUUUGCCAAGAUGAUCAAUCGGACUUUAGCUGUACCCCCCUGGAUUGAGUACCGGCAUCAUAGGCCUCCAUAUACAAACCUGCACGUUCCCUACAAAGACUAUUUCAAGCUAGCCCCUCUCCUGGAAUAUCACCGGGUUAUCGCCUUGGAGGAGUUUAUGGCGAAGCUGGCUCCGGUCUACUGGCCUCCUGGCAAGAGGGUGGCGUUUUGCUUCGAUGCUGCGGCCCAGAGAAGCGCUGAUAAAAGGACGUGCCCCAUGAAGGACGGAAAUCCCUUUGGGCCCUUUUGGGAUCAGUUUGACGUGGAUUUCGAUAGGUCGGAGCUGUUUGGAGGCAUCUCCUUCGGUGCCUCUUACAAGGACCACUGGAUCCGAAGGUUUCCGCCCUCUGAAUACCCUGUCGUGGCCCUCCCGGGUGCACCAGCCCAGUUUCCCGUUCCGGAGGAGUACCAGCCUCUGCACCGGUUUAUGGUGUGGUCUGACGCCCUGGUGGACAAGGCGGAGUCCUACAUCAGCUCCUUCCUCGUCAGGCCCUACGUGGGAAUACAUCUCCGGCUGGGCUCCGACUGGAAAAACGCGUGCAAUAUGUUGAAGGACGGCACGGCCGGGUCUCACUUAAUGGCUUCGCCUCAGUGCGUGGGCUAUGACCGCAACACCGCUGCACCGCUCACCAUGGACAUGUGUCUGCCAGACCUCAAGGAGAUCCAGCGCGCUCUCAAGCUCUGGGUGGAGGCGAUCGAAGCGAAAGCCGUGUACGUUGCCAGCGAUUCUGAGCCCUACACCAAUGAGAUACAGCAACUCUUCAACGGGAAGGUCAAAGUGGUGUCCCUGCAGCCUGACGUGGCCCAGAUAGACUUGUACAUCCUCGGCCGGUCUGACCAUUUCAUCGGGAACUGCGUCUCUUCCUUUACCGCCUUUGUGAAGCGGGAGCGCGACGUGCACGGGAGACCGUCCUCCUUUUUCGGCAUGGACCACCCCCCCAAGCCGCGGGACGAGCUAUAGCCUACGGAGGGAGGACGGCCCGCCACUUCCCUUCAGUCCUCCGGUGAUGCACAACUGGAAUCGACACUGGGCUCUGCGGAAAGCGGGUUCUCUGCACAUCUGGACAAAGCUGGGUAGCGGAUCGCCACUCGACGCCAGCGGCUGAAACCAGAAAGCGGGGAGGGGGAGUUCUUCUCGCUGCUGGAGAGAAACCACCCAAUCUGUUCAACUCGCUACUUGAUUCUCCUCCUUCCCUUUUCUUGACUGCUUUGCUACUCCUUCCGGGACUGGGUUCCCCGGUUGGCGUUUUCUUACUACACAGUAUUCCCAGCCUGCUCUUCUCUAGGAAUCGAAUUCAUUCCAAAUUAGGCGAUUGACUGACUAACCGAACAUACCUCCAGUGUUUCAGCUUGCUGAUCUCGGAAAAACGGAUUGCGGUCUCCUUCACUAACAGCAAGAAGUGUGAAAUCAUUGAGUCUGCACAGGUAUUACUCCUACUAACACCCCGGCCUGCUGGAUCCGCUGGCGUCUGCCACACCGAGGGAGCAGGAGGUUAAAUGCAUUUGGGGAGGAGGAGGGCUAAAUAUUCUUUGAGCUAGUUGGGUGUAGUGGUGAAGUGUGCGGACUCUUAUCUGGGAGAACCGGGUUUAAUUCCCCACUCUUCCGCUUUCACCUGCUAGCAUGGCCUUGGGUCAGCCAGAGCUCUCUUAUUUGGGAGAACCAGGUUUGAUUCCCCACUCCUCCACUUGCAGCUGCUGGAAUGGCCCUGGGUCAGCCAGAGCUCUCUUAUCUGGGAGAAUCGGGUUUGAUUCCCCACUCCACCACUUGCAGCUGCUGGAAUGGCCUUGGGUCAGCCAGAACUCUGGCAGAGGUUGUCCUUGAAAGGGCAGCUGCUGUGAGAGCCCUCUCCGGCCCCACCCACCUCACAGGGUGUCUGUUGUGGGGGAGGAAGGGAAAGGAGAUUGUUGAGCUGCUCUGAGAUUCGGAGUGGAGGGCGGGAUGUAAAUGAUGAUGAUGAUGAUAUUGGAUUUAUAUCCCACCCGCCACUCCGAAGAGUCUCAGAGCGGCUCACAAUCUCCUUUCCCUUCCUCCCCCACAACAGACACCCUGUGAGGUGGGUGGGGCUGAGAGGGCUCUCACAGCAGCUGCCCUUUCAAGGACAACCUCUGCCAGAGCUCUGGCUGACCCAAGGCCAUGCUAGCAGGUGCAAGUGGAGGAGUGGGGAAUCAAACCCGGUUCUCCCAGAUAAGAGAGCUCUGGCUGACCCAAGGCCAUUCCAGCAGCUGCAAGUGGAGGAGUGGGGAAUCAAACCCGGUUCUCCCAGAUAAGAGAGCUCUGGCUGACCCAAGGCCAUUCCAGCAGGUGCAUGUGGAGGAGUAGGGAAUCAAACCCGGUUCUCCCAGAUAAGAGUCCGCACAAUUCACCACUACACCAAAGGCGAUUGUGAGCCGCUCUGAGUCUCUGAUUCACAGAGAAGGGCGGGGUAUAAAUCUGCAGUCUUCUUCCUCUUCUUCAUUUCCUAUCGUGAGAGAUGUUUUUAUAGCAGCUUUGUUGCAUUUUGCGUCACUUGCAGUCCAAACACUGUAUGCAAUAAAAGAAAAAUGGAACUCAGAA